CGGAGUCUGGUGGCUGCCCCGGCCUCAGCAAGUGCAGCUGCUUCAGGAUGAGGUGGCAGAUGACAGUGAGCGCAGGUGGCGGAGGUAAAGUCAGAGCCAGGGGAUAAUGAUGAAUGGAGCUGCGGGACCCUCGCGCAUCGAUCAUCGCGAGCGGGUUCUCAAGUUAGGCGAAAGUUUCGAGAAGAAGCCGCGCUGCGCCUUCCACACUGUACGCUAUGACUUCAAACCUGCUUCCAUUGACACUUCCUGUGAAGGAGAGCUGGAAGUCGGCAAAGGUGAACAGGUGACAAUAACUCUGCCAAAUAUAGAAGGCUCAACUCCACCAGUAACUGUUUUCAAAGGUUCAAAGAAACCUUACUUAAAGGAAUGCAUUUUAAUUAUUAACCAUGAUACUGGAGAAUGUCGACUAGAAAAACUCAGCAGCAACAUCACUGUAAAAAAAACAAGAGUUGAAGGAAGUAGUAAAAUUCAGUAUCGUAUAGAGCAACAGCAACAACAAAUGCGGAAUUCAGCUAGAACUCCCAAUCUUGUAAAACAUUCUCCGUCUGAAGACAAAAUGUCCCCAGCAUCUCCGAUGGAUGAUAUUGAAAGAGAACUGAAGGCAGAAGCUAGUCUAAUGGACCAGAUGAGUAGUUGUGAUAGUUCAUCGGAUUCCAAAAGUUCAUCAUCUUCAAGUAGUGAGGAUAGUUCCAGUGACUCAGACGAUGAAGAGUGCAGAUCCUCUCCUUCUGAUCCAGGGACUUAUAUCUCAGGACAUCCUGUCAUGUCUGCCAUGCCACAGUGCAGGAUUCCUGAUAUGGAUGCUGGCCGGAAUAGAUCUCAUGACAACAGUGGCCUUCUGAUGAGUACUUUAAGAAAUGAUUUGCAGCUGAGUGAAUCAGGAAGUGACAGUGAUGACUGAAGAAACUUUCAGCUAUAUAUAUAAAAUUUGUAAGACGUGGGAUAAUUUAUAUUAAGAGUAAAAAUUCCUAAGACUGAAGAAAAUGUAUCUUAACUUUUGAUGAUAAAAGAAAUUAAAUUUGAUUCAGAAUUUUCAGUUGAUAUGAUAUUUUUGACCUUUUCUGAGUACUAGCAUUUUCAUGUGCAUUCCAUUUCCAAGGUUUUACAGAUGAGAAAACAGAAUUUAGGUAAUUUGCUCACAUAUUGUUAGUUAACAAGUGGCAGAUCAGGUGUUCUGGAGUUCAAGUUCAAUGCUCUGUUUUAUCACACUGCUGUCUCCAAUUGUGAAAUGUCAAAAGAAUUUAUUUAUAAUGGUUUUAAUUGUAUCUCUGAGCCUUUUAUAUAUGAUAAUCCUUAGAUUUUGGUUGAAAAUAUUUAAAUCCUUAACAAAAUUAAGCUAUAAUUUAGAAUAAAAGUAAAGCUAGAUAAUUGUUUUAAUGAAACUGUUUUUGUAUCUCAUAAUAUUUUUUUAAUUUUGCUUUUGAGAGAAAAAUAAGCAGUUAAGUGUUAAGUAGAUAAACAUUACUUACAUCUGUAGUAUUUUUGAAUUUGGGGGAAAUGAUAAAUAUUAUAGUUGAAAGCCAAUGACCAUAGCAAGUUCUUUUUUUUUUUCUUUUUUUCUUUUUUUCUUUUUUUAAGUUUUUUUUUUAAUUAAACUUCACUUUUUAGAGAAGUUUUAGGUUCAUAGCAAAAUUGAGCAGAAAGUACAGAGAAUUCUCAUGUACUCCCUGUUCCCCAAUCUCCCCCACUAUAAACAUCCUGCACCAGAAUGGUAUGUUUUUACAAUUGAUGAAUCUUACAUUGACGCAUCAUCACCCCAAGUCUAUAGUUUGCAUUAGAGUUCACUCUGCAUUGUACAUUCUAUGGGUUUUACAGAUGUAUAAUGAUAUGUAUCCACAUUGUAGUAGUAUACAAAAUCAUUUCGCUGCCCUAAAAAUCCUGCACUCUGCCUGUUCAUUUAUUUCUCCCCCACCCCCAACCCCUGGCAGCCACUGAUCUUUUUACUGUCCCCUUAGUUUUGCCUUUUCCAGCAUGUCCUAUAGUUAGAAUCAUACAGUAUGCUGCCUUUUCAGAUUGACUUCUUUCACUUAAAUAUCCAUUUAAGUUUCCUCCAUAUCUUUUUCAUGGCUUGAUAGUUCAUUUCCUUUUAGUACUGAGUAAACAUUAUAUUUUCUGGAUGUAUCAAAGUUUACUUAUUCACCAACCUACUGGAAGAAUUUUCCUUGCUUCCAAGUUUUGGCAAUUCAAGUUGAAUAAAUUUUUUUCAUCAUUACCUCUUA